AUGUCGCUGUCACCAGAGGCCCUUGCCAAAUUACUGGCACAGCCAGCUCUGUCGCCUCCUCCUGGUGUGACGCCAAAUUUUGAUAACCCUCCCAACUCCAAUCGUCUAGCAUGGUUUGUGACAACCUUUUGCAUGGUAAUUGCUACCAUCUGUCUUUUGCUUCGGCUCUUUUCGCGAUGCUGGCUUGAGAAAAAGCUCCGUAUAGAAGAAGGCUUGAUGAUUUGCGCAUAUCUAAAGGGAGCAUACUGGGGCACGGCUUACGCUGGAUAUGCCUUAAUAUACACCCCAGGCUAUGGGGUCCACACGUGGAAUCUCCACAAUAAGGAUCUGACCCGGCCUCUCUAUCUUAUUCUCAUCUACGGCUGCUGUUACUCGGCGACACUCCCCCUGAUCAAGACUGCCAUUCUGCUGGACUGGUGUCGAAUUUUCUUUCCUAUCGACAGAGCCAGAAAUUUAUUCUGGUGGGGCUGCACGAGCAUCAUAACCCUGCAAUGCCUCUGGGGAGUUCUCUGCAUUAUCCUUCUCAAUGCGCAAUGUCGUCCGCACGAGGCUAUCUGGAAAUUCUAUCUUCCCAGCAAAUGCUAUUCACUCCCCGACGUUAUGCUUACCUCGGCAACGGUGCAGGUGGUCUCUGACAUUGCCAUGUUUCUGCUCCCUCAAAGAAUUAUUUGGAGGUUACAUAUGAACUGGCAGAAAAAGAUUGGCAUCUCGAUCAUCUUUGGAGUUGGUAUACUUGCAUCUGUUGCAGCAUGCCUGCGGCUUGCUCGUACAGUCGACUUUGCCCGAGACACUGACAGCAUGUACCUGCUCAGUCCUCUUCUCUUCUGGGCAUGCGGUGAAAUGACUUGUGGCUUUUUUAUUUUCAGCGUGCCUUGUCUGUCCAAGAUCAUCGUGGAAUCUGGUCUACCACGGAAGGUGAAGAGUUCUCUCGGCUUCAGCGCAAAAUCAACUUGGCCUUCGAAUGGAACCCCCGAUCACCCUCCCACCUUCGGAUCAAAUCCUGUCCGCAAGCCCUCCGUCCAUAAGCCUUGGACAACUACGGACAGCACAUACUCUAGGAUUCAAGAGGGCGGCAUUCCAUUGGAGAAUACAGGAAAAUCUGAAUCCCAGACAACUCUUCAUGUUGGGCCCCAAUCACAUGAGGAGCAGCUACCUUUGCAUGUGACUUGCACGACGAACAUUAGUAUUGCUACUGAGUCUCGCUCGCACUCUGACAGUGAACGAGAUAGUAAGGGGAAUUGGCCAUGA